AUAGCGGUGCCAAUAACUAAGUAUAUAGUAUAUACUACUCAAUGAAGAUCAAUCCUUCUUUCUGGACUAUCAUUGCUUACACAUUAGUUAUUGCCACUCCCUUCUUUCAUCAUGAAUCCAAUGCAAUGAACACUUCCAUCAUUACCCCAAACCAAUGCCUCGGUGACGGCAAGACCAUAGUUUCCAAAGAUAAAGGAACCUUUGAACUUGGCUUCUUCACAAAAUCCAACAAACGCUACCUUGGAAUUUGGUACGCCAACAUCACAAUCCAAACCAUUGUGUGGGUGGCGAACGGUGCCGACCCCAUCAACGAUUAUUCCCCUGUUACCCCUCCCAUUUUAGAACUUAAAAGCACUGGAAGCUUGGUUCUUACUCACAAGAACGUUCUUGUAUGGCAAACAAUGAGCAGUUCCCCGGCAACCGCAGUGCGGAAUCCGGUGGCGGAGCUUCUUGAUUCCGGCAAUCUUGUGAUAAGAGAGGAGAAUGAUACAAACCCACAACGCUAUUUGUGGCAGAGCUUUGACUACCCUUCAAAUACAAUGUUGGCAGGGAUGAAACUGGGAUGGGACAUUAGAAGAAAUUUCAACAGGAAGAUCACAGCCUGGAAGAGUGAUGAUAAUCCAGAACCAGGUGACUUUUCUUGGAGUGUUAUGCGGUACAGCUACCCUGAAGUGUAUAUGACGAAGAGAACAAGAAAGAUGUACAGAAUUGGACCCUGGAACGGCUUGCGUUUCAGUGGCAUGCCAGAACUGAGAUCCAAUCCAAUCUUUAAUUUCAACUUCGUCUCCACUGCUGAAGAAGUUUACUACACAUGGACCCUCAAGGACCCUUCUCUAACAACCAUCGCAGUGCUUAACCAGAGCGCGGGCGGCCGCCCUCGCUACGUUUGGUCGGAGGCCGAUAAAUCCUGGAGGACUUAUUCAACUUUGCCAGGGGACUAUUGUGAUACCUAUGGACUGUGUGGUCCUAAUGGAUAUUGUAGCAUAACUUCAUCACCAGUGUGUGAGUGUUUGAAAGGGUUUAAGCCCAAGUUUCCCAAAAAGUGGAACUCAAUGGAUUGGUCCCAAGGAUGUGAAAGAAACCAUCCAAUAAGGUGCAAUAGUAAUGGUACCAAUGAGGAUGGUGAUGGGUUUGUGCUUUUGCAGAGAUUGAAAGUGCCAGAUACUGAAUAUACUUUGGUGUAUAAGGAUAUUGAUUUGAAUAAAUGUAGAGCCAUUUGCUUGGAAAAUUGUUCAUGCAUGGCUUAUACAAACUCAGAUAUAAGAGCAGGUGGUCAAGGCUGUGUCAUGUGGUUUCAUGAUUUAAUUGAUAUCAAACUGUUUCCUGAUGGUGGACAGGACCUAUACGUCCGACUGCGUGCUUCUGAAUUGGAAAAGUCAUCGAAGAUAGAAGAUAAUUAUGAAAGUUAUGUAGAUGAUUUGGAUCUUCCAUUGCUUAAUUAUUCAGCAAUUAUGGUUGCUAGUAAUAACUUCUCAGUGAAGAAUAAGAUUGGAGAAGGUGGUUUUGGACCAGUAUAUUUGGGAAAAUUAGCAAAUGAACAAGAAGUUGCUAUAAAGAGACUAUCAAAGAGUUCAAUACAAGGAUUUUCUGAGUUCAUAAAUGAAGUUAAACUAAUUGCAAAACUUCAACAUCGAAAUCUUGUAAAACUUAUUGGUUGUUGCAUUCAAGGACAAGAGAAGAUGCUAGUUUAUGAAUACAUGACCAACGGUAGCUUAGAUUACUUCAUUUUCGAUCAUAGCAAAGGAAAAUUGCUAAACUGGCAAAAGCGCAAUCACAUAAUAGGUGGAAUUGCUAGAGGCCUUAUGUAUCUUCAUCAAGAUUCUCGAUUGAGGAUUGUACAUAGAGAUCUCAAAGCAAGUAAUAUUUUACUUGAUGAUAAUUUAAGUUCAAAAAUAUCAGAUUUUGGAAUGGCUAGACCUUUUAGAGGAGAGCAAAACGAAGAAAGUACAAAUAAAAUUGUUGGAACUUUGUGA